AUGAGAGGCAUACGGAGUUUGCUUGCAGAAUUAGCCCUGAGCUUCCCAGAAAAUGAAAAUACAGAAUUAAUUAAAAAAUAUGCAACUCGAGCUUUGGCUAUUUUCGGUGAGAAUGAAAUCGUCAGACAAGCUAUCAAUCGGCGUCCGAUUGUUUGUAAAGGCGUGAGAAUCUUGUGUAUGGAUGGAGGAGGCAUGCGCGGUAUUUCAACGGUGCAAAUGUUACAACGUAUCGAGGUACGAAUAAUUUUUCUUUAUCAUCAUCACGUUUUCGGUCAAUGCACCGCUGUAUGA